AUGGAGAGGGCACAAGAUCCUGAAAAUGCUGUCAUCUUUAAGCAAUUUGAAGAAGCUUGUUCUGAUUUCCAGGUACCUGCAACAAGAGCAGCAGCUGAACAGGUAUUAACACAAUUUCGUCAAAUUCCUAAAGUUUUGCCAGCAUGUCAAUACAUUUUAGAGCACACUGCAAGUCCUAUGGUUCAAUUUCAAGUUGCUCUAGCAAUUGGUGAUAUUGCUGUUCGAGAUUAUACACUUUAUGAAAAGAGUGAUUUGUUACGUUUGAAAAACUACAUGAUUGAGUUUUGUCUUCAAAGAGAUAGCCUUGUGAAAUAUGUGCGUGAUCAGCUUGUACUAGCUGUUGCAUUAAUCACUAAACGUAGUUUAUUUGAUGUGUCCAAUGAAGAUAGAGAAGCCAUCUUGUUACAUGUUAAGCAACUAUUGCAAAUGAAUACUGAUAAUGCACAAGUGCUUUCACUUGCCUUAGCUAAUGGCCUUAUUGAUCAAUUUUCAAAUACAAAAUCAACUACAAUUGGUUUGACUUGGGAGCACCAUCAUAACUGCAAGCUUUUCUUUGAAAAUACUAUUCUGCUACCAUUAUUCGAAAUGGUCAUUACUAAACUUCACGAAUUUGUAUCUCAAGUACAACAGCUACCUGAUAAUGUACCUGCUAUACUUGUUGAAAUGCUUGUAUUGAUUGAAAAAAUACUUCAUUGGGAAUUUGAAUCAACCAAUACCACACCUGUUUUACCUGGCACGUUUUCAAAGGAAUCUAAUUUGGAUGAUUUUGAUAGAGAAGAUGGACCUUCUUCUGUAAAGAAAACUUAUGUAAUCUUUCCUAAACAAUGGCAACCUGUAAUUGGUAGCAGAGAAGUUUUAUGGUUAUUUUUUAUGACUUACCGUCUUGUUCAAGAUGAGGAUGUUUUAGGACAUCGUUGUAGACAAUGUUUGAUUCAGCUUGCUGGAUUUCAACAAGAUUUCUUUAAUAACAAUGCUGAAAUGAUACAAUCUUAUGCUACAACAAUGAUUCAUGGUAUUCGAAAAAUGAUAACAGACGUUACUGCAUUCGGUACAAGUCCUGAUGCUCUAGGAGAACAAGGACCUCAAAUGUUAGGUACGAUUCAAAUGAUUCGUCGUUUAUUGGAAAAUGUUUCACUUGUGAAUCUUUGUGCAAUUCCUGAUUUUUUCCAGUUUUUGAAUGAAGUUGGUAUGAUUACGAUUAGUUGUCUUGGAGGGACUGUAGCUGAUGUAGAUGAAGGAUGGCUUAGUGAAGCAUGUGAUGAAUGUUUACAAACUUGGGUUAAAAUGGCUGAAGUAAUCCAACCAAGUGAUCCACGCGGAAAUGAUGCUAAAUCUGGAUUAACAACUGAACAAAUUCAGCAUUUAACACAAUAUAUGACGAAUGUAGCUUAUCAAGUUGUAGAUGCAUACAUCAAUACUCGUCUUGAGCGUGCUAAGAUGGUUUUGAAUGAUGAUGAAGAAGAAGAUGAAAUUGAUGCUGGAUAUAAAGACUGGGAUACAUUUGGUGAUCAGUUGACAUGUAUUGGUACUUUAGGCCGUUUAAAUCCUCAGCCUAGUCUCAUGCGUCUUCAGCAAUUAUUAGCAGAACGUUUUGAAGCAUUUAAAGCAUUUUUCAUGCCAGAUCAUGCUGGAAAUGAACAUGAUUUAAUCUUGAUUCAUGAACAACUUCAUUGGAUUAUUUUGAUCUCAGCUUAUAUCCUUGCUGACACAGGCAAAGGUGAACAGCCCAUGAUUCCAGAGUCCUUAAUGCAACUCUCAGGAUCUCAAACAUACGAACAAGAUCAGGUUGUUCGUCUUUCUCAACUCUUUUUAGAGUUGUUGAGGUUUAGUUCUAACUUCAGCACCAAUUCUAUUGAAGCAGCUAACUGUAGUCCCCGUGUAGCAGAAACAUUAAUUUGGUAUAUGGAAAGAUGGAGUAAAUCAUAUGUAUUAUUAGAUGAGAAUGAAUAUGGAUAUAUGAGCCCUAACAUUGCAAGAGCCUUCGGUAGGCCUGGCCCUUCAGAUGGACAAGGAAUGCAAAUUAUUGUUUUUUUCAUUGAACAAAUGAAGACCAACUUUAUGCUUUGGAAUGCUGACCCUGAUGUUUUGAAUCAACUUGUCAAAUGGCUCCAUUCAUGUGGUACAUCUAAUAACCUCAAAAGUGGAUUAUUACAAUCAGCCCAUUUCCCCGAAUUAGUUCAAUUUGUAACACAGAAUUUGGGACAAUUGCCUGAAGUGAUUCAUAACUCUCUUGUUCAAACCAUUGCCACUAUUUGUAGCUCUGCCGUUGAUGAAGAAACUAAGAAUAACUACUUUGGAUUGAUGUUUAAAAUGAUUGAAGAUCGUUUAGGAUCAAUCCUUCAUCGACCUGACUUCCAACAAUGUUACCAACAAGGCGGAAUAAUUGACAAUGUCAUUAAUGCCUUAGAAAUGUUCGACGGUUUAGCACUUUCAUGCCAAUACAGCAAUACACAAAUCAUAUUUUCUUUUUCUGCACGAUUCUUUGAAAGCUUUGUACAGCUUAUGAAUAUCUAUAAGAUUGCACCUGAAAUUCAACUAGCUAUUCUACAACUCUUUUCUGAUCUUUGUAAUCGAUUAGAUUUUGGAUUAUUAAGUAAUGAAGAAAAGCAAAUGUUGUAUCAUACUAUUAUUGAAAUCUUGAAGAUAUAUGGAGCAACUAACCAAGGUAAAAAAAGAUUACAUUCACAAGAGGAAGAAGAAGAUAAGCCCUAUGCAGAUAUUUCGACUGUCUUGAUCAUAUUAUCGAACAUUAUGUCCUCUGGAAUAGAAGACUUUAGUCGUAAAGGACAAGAACAUUCAGAUGUAGCAGAUGUUGUUUUGUUUGGUGUUAACAUAGUGAUACCUAUGAUUGACUUGGAAAUGCUGAAGAUUCCAAGCUUAUGUCAACAAUAUAUUCGAUUGAUUUCUCAUUUGAUAGAGUUAUUCCCAGAUAAAUUAUCAGGUUUACCUUCAUCCCUUUUCAAUAACUUAAUGGCUAGUUUGGAAUAUGGUGUCCGACAUGAUAUUUCAGACGUAAAUGUAUUAACUUUACAGGCUAUUGCUCCAUUGACUAUUUGGGCAUAUCAUCAACAAUUACGGGGCAUUAGUAUUGAUUUCUUAAAGGAGGCAUUACAAAAAUUCUUACAAGAGUUACUUCAUUGUUUAUUAUUCCAACAUUUGGAUACGAGUAUUAUAGAUGCAGCCUCAGAUGCCUUGCUUGCUUUGAUUUGUAUACAAAAGGAUAUUUAUAUGAUAUUGGCAAAUCAAAUUAUUUCACAACAAUCAAUGGAAAUCCAAACACGCUUAUUAAAUGCCUUUGAAAAAUUAGAUCACGCUACACCACAACAAGGUACACCAUUAAAUAGAAAUAAUACUAAAUUUAAGGAAGCAUUAUUGGCUUUCUUGAUGAAUGUUCGCGCUGUUUUAAGAGUUAAAUAA